AUGACUUCCAUCAAACCGUUUGAGAUGAACGACUUGUUCGACUUGAAUCCAGUGAAUCUAGACCCCUUCACCGAGAACUUCAAUCUACUGUUCUACUUCCAAUACGCUACUCAGUGGCCAGACCUCUUCUUCAAGUCGGUGGAAGAGGCUCCUGAAUUUGCUCCAAAUAUAAGCGGAUAUAUGAUGGGAAAGACUGAGGGUCAACUUGCCAAAAAGGAGUGGCACACACACAUCACUGCAGUUACCAUAAGCAGAGACUACAGAAGACUAGGACUUGCCUCUGACCUUUGUUUGCAUUUGGAAAGAAUUACGGCAGUGCAGCCUUACGAAACACUCUUUGUUGACCUUUUCGUGAAAGUAACCAAUAGCGUGGCCCGGCAGUUGUACGAGAAGUUGGGCUAUUCUGUUUACAGACGAGUCAUUGGCUAUUACGGCCAGAACUACCCAACUGAUAGAAAUCACACCGACGACGAACUCGACGGCUUUGAUAUGAGAAAGGCACUCCCGAGAGACGUGAACAGAGAGACUGUUCGGGAGAACGGAGAGAAGCAUUACGUCCUUCCGGCCGAAGUUGUUUUUUAG